UAAUUUGACUGUCAAUUGUUAAAAAACGAGCGAAAAUUUUAUUAAGUGCGUGUUUUGUAAAGGAAUUUUACAAAUUAUCAAACUUUAAUAUAUCGGAAUUGGAAUUCUCAUGCAUGGGACAAAUCAAGAGAAGUGUUUUGUGUCUCUGUAAUUCUAGAAGUUGUCUUUAUGUCACCUGUUUUUAAAAAAGUUUGUGUAGCAUCAUGCCGCCAAGAACCAGGGGCACUAAAGGAACAAAAUCUUUAAAAGAAAACAUAGUUGCAGUUGACAAAACAAAGACGAAACCUAUUGGUAAAAUCACCAAACCUGCUAGAAAAGCAUUAGCUGAUAAAACUAACUCAGCUUCAGACGAUAACACGUCAAUAGAAGCAAAGAAACAAAGUAGCAAACAAAAUCAUGAAGUCAUCACAGGACUUGAAAAUAUACCACGACCUCGACGAGAGAGACGUAUACCAACUAGAUACAUUGAUAAUAAUGUAUUGAAUAAUUUGUCAAACAGUAAGGUUCAAUUUGACAAUGAAACCAUUGUUUCCAUACCGACAACACAUCAUAGACCAGCUUUUAAGGUAAUAAGUCCUGUUAAAAUCAACACUGUUGAAUCUCCAUUUAAAACUCCUCAAAAAAGUUUUGAAAACAGUUUAGUUGCUAACAGACCUAAGCGGAUAUGCAGACUGCCUUCUAAACUUGAGGAUCAUUCUAUCAGCCCUUUGAAAUACAUUCCUGUAAAGCCAUGUCAUGCAAGUACACCAAUUAUUGAAAAUAAGAGCUCUAAAGUAACAAAGAUUGUGAAGUCUAAAGAAAAACAAAUUGAGUUGCCGGUAAACAAAAUCAUUUCUGACAAAAGAAUUCGGCAUAAAAGGCAUAUUGAUAAUUCACCCGAAGCCAACUCUGAUUCAAACAAUAAUGCUAAGAGAAGGUUGGUUAGACAAAAAAACAAUGGUCAACAUAAAACAUCCCCUAAAGACAAAGUAAAAACUGCAAAAAAUACAAGUUUUUCUUUUAGAAUUCUAGAGGAGAAAAAGAAAUCCUCUUCAAAUAAAGAUAAUAAUCUUGACAUCUAUGAGUUUACAUAUGAUCCCAGCGAGGAACCACCACCUACUAAGAAAAAACGCAAAAAGCCUGUUAAGAAGAAACCAGCAAAGCCGAAAACUGUUGUGUUCAAAAAUAUUUAUGAUCAAAAUGUUUCAAAAGCUCUGGCAGCUUUGAAAAAUGUUGUUAAAAAACCUAAUGUGCCUGCAGUCGUCAUAACACCAGCUGUUGAAAAUGAAAAUACAAAUGUUCCACAGUCUGAGAAUUGUGUUGCUGAACAAAAUGUUGAACAGAAAUUACAACAGAAAAAUACUCAAGUUUCUAUGAAAGAGAGCAUACAAAAUACUCCAGAAAAUUCAAACCUUGCAAAUGUCAAUCCAAUAGAUAAAAUGGCUCAAAACUCUGUAAGAGUAGAAGAUAUUGCAGCUGGCUUUGAAAUGAGUGCAGAAGAUUACAAUGAUAUAAAUUACUCUCCCGUUAACUCUCCCCAGCAUCCAAAAUCACCAGUAAUAGACCAACAUCAAACACAGAGGUCUAUGCACAGCAAAGAUCCAUUGAAUCUCCAAGGAGACAUUAGCUUUUUUGAUGAGAAUCCAGUAGCAAGUAGUAGUAUGAACCUAUCUACAAGACAUCCUCAAGCCAGUCCAUGGAGAAUAGAAUUUGGCAAUUUACCCAUAAAAUGGCAUGUUAAUUCUUACGUAAAACCGAACAUGACACCGGCUGUUGAAAGUUCUUUCAUCAAUUUUGAAGAAAAUAAAAAGAAACAUGUUUAUACAAAUAUGGUAGGCCAUGAUGAAGUGUUCAGUGCACUGGAAGAAGUACAAAAUCAGCCUAAUCUGAAACAGACAAGUAUAAUAUCCUUCAUAAGGGAAGUAGUUCAAAGGAGUGCUCAGAAGAAAAAGAGAGGGAGAUCUGUUACACCAACAAAAGCAAAUCUAUUUGAUGAUCUUACAAAAGAUAAAACUCCUAAGAAAUCAGAUAAAUCUGUUGACAAAACUAGUAAAAAUGUUGAUAAUUUGUCAGGCAGGAGUGAAAAUUCUAAACAAGAUCAAGACAACUCAAAUGAAACUUCAGAAAAUAGAAAGAACACUAAAAUAGCUGAUAAAGAUGGUACCUUCUUUGGGUUUGAUGAUAGUGAUGAUCAAGAAAAUGUGUCGCCUGUUAAAGUGAACCCUAAAGUGCGGGCACUGAGGCCUAGGGCCAGGGCUGUCUUGCAAGAAAUCAAUGCAAUGUCAGGGCCGAUGAGAGCAUUGACUUUAGAUGCUAAAUUGAAGAUGGCUGCUAGUUCUGAUGCUGUAAAUAAGAUGUAUGAAGAGAUAAAAUCCGCUGCAGAUGCCCCAGAAUUUCCAGAAAAGGAUUCUGUGCAAAAGAACAGUGAAGUCACAACAGUUGAUGAAGUUUUAGCUGAUAUGUACGAAGAUUCACAGUCGAUGCAUUUGUUUGAAGAUGUGGAACUUGUCCAUCAUUUGAAGCCGAUGCGAAAAAGCUAUGGGAAAGCGAAAAAGGUGACCUUCCCUCAGCAUUCCACAUCUAGUGAGACUGCAAAUGUGGAGCAGGAGGAGAAUGUCUCCAGCGAGGAAGAUGAUCUCGCCGACCUCACAUUCACCAUGCCAACCUUCCAACCAGAGAAGACAAAGAAAAAGAGGAAAACUAAGAAACAUAAAAUGUCUAAGAAAGAGCAAAAAGCUUUAGACGAGUGGGCGGCUGGAUUCAACUCCAUGUGCGAAGACAUUGAAGAGGUACCAUUGAAUGUCGAGUGAGAUAACUAUUAGUGCCUUACCAUUAGCUUGUCUGUAUUCCUUUGAGACGUCUUUCAUAAAACAUAACUCUAUGGGUGUAAUUUUCGAAACACUUGCUCACAAAAACUAGGGACAGUGAUUUUCUUUUCAUUGAAUGAAAUUUAAUAUGAUUGCAAGGUAAAAUUGUCUCAUUGAUUUUUGUCGUGAAAAGUAUUUCAAAAAUAUCAACCCAACCGGUAGGACAAACGCGAAGAGUUAUUGUUAUCGUUAUGGUAAACGUAUUUCUUUACGAACAAGAAUGAUAAAUCCUGACGGAUUAUUGAACUAAGUUUUUUUUCUGAGGUGUUUAGUCCAGUAAAACGCAAAAACGGUUACUAUUACGAUAACAAAAUUUUUCGUGCUUGGGGUACAGUAGUGAUAAGUCAAAUUCUCUAAAAGAUUAAGAUUUGACAAUAAUUAGAUAUACUACAAGAGCGGAAGAGCAGAAAUGUAAUCAAUCGAACAUCGAUAUUAUUAUUAGACGGCGAAUUAUGUUCGAUCGAAUUGGUUCGUAUCUAGGGAUGUCCCGGACUUAAAAGUUUAUAUGCAUCAUUCAUGAAAUCAGAAAAUUUUGUUUGGACCUUAGGGCCCUAUUACUAAAUAUUUAAAACUAUCAUUCACAUCAAUUGUGUCAAAAAUCAUAAUCAUGACUAAUAAAACAAAUCUCAUUACUGGAUGGUUCUCGAGAGCGUUUUGACCGCUGCGGUCUCGCUGACAUUACGAUCCGUCAAUUCUUUUGAGGAAGGAACCUUUUCCAAAAUCAAUCAUUCAUAAAAGUGACAUUACCACAGUACAGAUUAAUUAUUUUAAAGUCAGUCGAAUUAAAUACUUGUCUUUGUUAACAUUUUAAAAAUUGUAAUAACAAUGCGGCCGCAUCGGUCGAAACUCUCUUAGAACCACCUACUAAGAAAAUAAAGAUAUUUUAAUUUGAUUUACUUUAUUAUGAAUAUUUUAAAAUGAUUAUUUUAAGAUAAGUUUAGUGCAAUAGGCACUUUGUUUUAAGUUUAAAUUGUUUUCUUAGAAAACUCAUUGAGGAUUAUAAGAAUUAUGCUUUAAGGUUAAGGGAUGCCAUCAUGUUAUUUUUCAAAAUUAGAGGCCAUUUUUUUAUUUGCCAUUUAAGAUAAGGAUAAUUAUGUUAAACCUACCAUGUCAGUUGCGUUUUUUAUUAAGAUUAAAAAUAAUAUAAUGAUUUAUUUUAAACUUAUAAUAUCAUUUUGUCUGUACCAUUUUCGUGUAUUUACAAUUUAUAAAAUUUCCGCUAUUACAGAUUUUCCCCCCGACAUUUUCAGAGUUACAUUAUUAACUUUGGUGGCUGUAAUGUCAAAGAUGUAUCUCUCUCUGUUAUUACAAGUUUUUUAGACUUUAAUUUCUUAUAUCAAUAUUCGAUGCUGAAUGUAUUAAAUACUCAAUUUAUCAUCCCAAUAUGGCAAAAUAUUUAAUGUUUAAUUUAUUUUAAUAUUUGACAUGGAUUAUGAAAUUAAGAAUUUUUAAUUUAAUUCAUGCGUCACCCCGUAGCCUUAUGUCUGUGGUGGUGGUCAAGUCGACUCGACACAUUUCCGCAAUUUAUUUUGAAGAGUUCUCCAAUAAUUAAUUAAAAACAGAAUGUAGUAUUCGGUUCAUUCAGUUCAUUAUUUUAAAAGAUAAACAAAAUGUCACAAGGGCACCUUUAAUAUUCGUAGUUGCACAAAAGUCGAAAAAAUAUCAACUCGUAGCGUUAAGCCAAUCCCAGCUUCAGAUCUUUUUACAUUAUUAUAAUAAUGUAUUUGUUAUUAUCCUCAUCAUAUAAGUACCUUAAAUCAAAACCAUUAUUAUCUAGUGAGAAAUGUCGCCAUAUAUAAAGUCCAAAAUUACUUAUUUUUAUUCAGCAUUUGAAUGGGAUUUCACUCGUGCAGGAACCUUAUCUAAUUUGGAAUAUUAUGCCAUUGGCUGUAUUUAUUUUACAGGACAAAGCACUUGGAAUUUUAAUAUUAUACAUAUAUAAAUUAUUUACUAAAAUGAAGCGUCUAUAUUAAAACUAUAGCAACUAUAUUAAAACUUGAUACAAUUAAACUACGAUUAAACUUUGCUAACUCAACUCAAUUAUAAUUAUGGCAUAAGAUGCAUUUGAUUUAACAUUUUGUUUAUAAUUUGUAUGAUAUUAAUAAUUAUGAACGGGUAUUUGUGUUUGAUUUUGUGUGUGGUAUGGGGCCGUCCAUUAAUCACGUGAUAUAUUUUUUUAAUUGAACCCCUCUGGUGAUAUUUCGUGAUUUUUGCUGAACCCCCUUUAAGCCUCACGUUAUUAAUAGACGACCCCUAAAUAUGUGUAACAAUUUAAUAAAAUAAUUUAUAUUUUAA